GGGACCCCAUAAAGGUCAAGCGUCGCACUCGCUUCUGUGCUCUCUCUCUCUCUCUCUCUCUAGUCUCCAUGAGAAGAAGGGUCUAGACUCUAGGGUUUUCCGGUCUGAAUUCUCCCUCGCAAAUGUUCAAAAUUAUAGGGCUUUGAAAUCAAACCAGUUUCCGCCAUUGAAAUUGAUUCAAAGUUCCCACAUUUUCCACCACCAGAACUUCCCAGAAAAGACCCACAUGGCCAGAACCAGACCAGGAAAAAAGGAGUCAAAGGACGCGGACUCUUACACUAUCAGGGGCACCAACAAAAUCGUCAGAGCUGGGGAUACCGUCCUGAUGCGCCCGUCGGACACCGGAAAGCCGCCGUACGUGGCGCGCAUCGAGAAGAUCGAAGGUGAAAGUCGAGGCGGCAUGAAAGUGAGAGUGAGGUGGUAUUACAGGCCGGAGGAGUCGAUUGGAGGGCGGAGGCAGUUCCAUGGAGCCAAAGAGUUGUUCUUGUCCGACCACUAUGAUGUGCAGAGCGCUCACACCAUUGAAGGCAAGUGUACAGUGCACUCCUUCAAGAACUACACUAAGCUGGAGAAUGUUGGAGCUGAAGAUUACUACUGUAGAUUUGAGUACAAAGCUGCUACUGGAGCGUUCUCCCCCGACCGAGUUGCUGUGUAUUGCAAGUGUGAGAUGCCGUAUAACCCGGAUGACCUCAUGGUACAAUGUGAGGGGUGUAAGGACUGGUACCAUCCUGCUUGUGUGGCCAUGACUAUUGUGGAAGCAAAAAAAUUGGAAAGCUUUUUGUGUUCCGAGUGUUCAGCUGAAGGGGACGGGAAAAAGCCCCAGAAUGCAGUUCCAGCAGCUGUCGCGAAGCUCGAGCCCAAGCGCCGUAAGAAAUGACAUCCUUCGCAAGCAUCGGUUUGCUAGAGCCGAGAUGUUAUCAACUCUUUUGAUGUCUGCCGUGUGGGCUGUACAGUAGGAUAUCAGGCCCUUAGCUUUUGGUUACAUAUCAUGACCGUAGUUUGAUUUAGGCCGUGUGCACCAGCUUCAUUUUCAGGAAAUUGGUCAUGCAAUUGUAACUAAACAGAAUUCAGUUCAAACCUUGUUCUCUAUCUCGACAACCGAUGAAUCUGUUGCGUCCAAAAAUUGUUGCUUCGUACUUUUUGUUAUUAACCUAUGAAUCUGUCAACGUUGUGAUCGGAUAA